GUUCAAUGGAUCCUUCCUAUCAAGUUAAUCACAGUUGUGCCCUAAAUCCUCCCAAAGACGGCCUCCCUAGCACCCAGUCUUCUAAUGAUGCACUUAGGCAGAUGGGAUCUGAAGGGAAAAUGGGAGCAGUUCAUGAAGAAAUGAAGAGAGUGAGUAGACUUCCACCAAGCAGUGCAUAUGCAACUCAUCGGAUGCGUGUCCUAAACAAAAUUCUGGAACUUCUGUCGAUUCAGAGAACCACUUCACAGGAUGAGGAGUUGGAAUUGCUGUUUUCUGGGCUCUCUCUUGGAUGAUAAGAAGCAAAAGUCAUAUUUUCAGCGGUUGGUUUAUCAGAUUAUGCAGUGGAUCAUUUAUGUUGCUCACUUCGUCUUGGUCUUCAGCUGCAUCUUCGCAAACCUUUUCUUUUUGAUGUUGAGAUGAUGUUCUGAUUGUUAAAUAAGUUAUACUUGUUAUAUAAUAGGUCUAUAGAUACACUUGUUAUCUCAAUUAUCUAGUGCAUAAUCUGGCCAGUCAAAGUUAGUUGAUUUCAUCUUGAACUCUUAUCCGGAACCUUGGGUUCCAGGUGAAUCAAUGCUCAAAAGUACCAGAGCAUAAACACUACUCUAAUCCAAUAGUGGCUCUGGCUCUUCAUGAAUAGAACUCCUUUGAUGACUUUUUAG